GACCAAUCAAAAGUUGCUUCCUCGUGGCCAAACUUUGCUUAAAGUAAUUCGAAGUAACUCCUAAAUGGCGAUCACACACACACACACACACACACAUAUGACACAUUCAUGCCAUAUGAUCGCUUUCGGCUCUUCUCUGGAAGUUCUUUUGCUGACACAUUAGUGGUUAUAUUUAAAUUAAAAUGGCAGAUCUUACAUUAACGGAGGAAGAUUUAACGCAAAAGCACAAAAAAGAACGGAAGGAACUACAAGCUCAAAUACAAAUCUUGAAGAAGUCAAUCUGCAAAGGUGACAAGAAGAAGAAGAAAGAGGUUAUGGAGGAGAUAGGCCAUUUAGAGGAGAGUCUGGACAAACGUCAGAUAGAGGAGUUGAACGAAUGGAGAUUAACUCAUGUUACAUUGAAUGACAAGGAGGAACUUACAAUUUCAAGUGAGGUAAUCAGUAAGGAUAAUAAUUGCCUGGAUCAACCUAUGCAAAGGAUUUCCAAAGCUCAGAAAAGAAGGGAAAAGAAGGCAAAUGCAGAGAAGGAACGCAAUCAGAAGAUUAUUGAGCAAGAAGCACUCAACGUGUUUGGCAAAAGAAAUGUUGAAAUAGAAGCUAUAAAGAAAAUUCUCUUUGAGCGCGGUUUAAUGGUCUAUGAAAUUCCCAGCGAUGGCCAUUGUUUAUACAACGCAGUUGCUCAUCAACUUAAGGUGAAUGGAGAGACACCCCUUAGCCUGCACGAUCUCAGAACAAAGACUGCUGAUUAUUUGAGGGAAAAUAUGAAUGACUUUUUGCCUUUUCUGUCUAAUCCUGAUUCUGAUGAUUUAAUGACACCUGAGGAAUUUGAAAAAUACUGUAAUGAUGUGGCUGAGACAAGUGCCUGGGGUGGUGCAGUCGAGCUUCAGGUACUAUCAUGCAUACUAAAAUGCCCAAUCGAGGUCGUACAAGCUACAGGAGCUCCUUACAUCGUUGGAGACCAAUAUACCAAUGGUAAAAAAGUAACAUUGACCUAUCAUCGUCAUAUAUAUGAGCUUGGCGCUCAUUACAAUUCUGUCACGAAGUACGUUCAGGAUGAGGAGAGCUGAUAAAGGUCUUAGUUAGAUUCGAUUUUACAUGAUUCUUGAAAUAGUCUUCGCAACACAAGUCUUAUUAUUGAAUGGCAAAUUAAUCACGUGUUUCGACCUGCGAAGGUGUUUUUACCAGUCAGUAGCUUAAUUUAUUCUGUGUGGAAAAUGUAUAUUCAUAAGUUCCAGACAGUAUAAAAUAUUUUUAUCGAGAUAUACAUGAGGACAAAAAGCUGCCAGCAGAAUAUUCUAUCUUCCGACGAGACUACUUGCAUUUCUAAACUUUACAAUUAUUGUGAUGAUUAACCGUUAAUGUUUAUAAGGGGUAUUCUUUAAAUGUAUACAGUAUGACCAUUAAAGGAGUAACUGUAAUACGUAUUAAAAUAACAAAAUAUGUCUGUUAGGAGUCGAGAAGCUACAAUUAACGUUAAAUUUCUAUUGAGGAAAAUUGAAUGUUAAUCCUUUUAAUGGUCAUGCACAUACGCAUGUUCGAGAAAAUUUUUUUUUACGAAUAUUAUAGUCAAGUGCGAAAUACAUAUCAGUGACUAUCCGUAAAACAUAUUUCCUUGGUCGUAUGUUAACUAGUUUGCUAGAACUUCGAUUCUCGCGUUUACAGCUAAACGUGGCUGUUCAGUUUUGAGUUCUACCUAAUUUAAAUACAGUGAAUUCUGUAUAAAGAUCUCAUAGGAUAUAUUUUCAUCGUGUAUUUAAUACUGAAUAUAUGAUCUUAAGGCUUUGCACACGUCGGCAAAUGUAUACGUUUAUCACACUAGAGCUUAGAGUUAAUUGCGAACGAGAGUACGAAUUUCAAGACCGUAUAUUCGAUAUUAAGUAGAGACUGCCUGAAAUUUCACGUGACAUUCAUGUUGCGUAUAACUAGACGAACGAGCCUCGGAUUGCCAAGUUUAGCAUUAAACGUGAGAACACGAAUUUGACUGUCGAUUAGAUACAUUUAACUAAAUAUACGACUCGAGUACGAAUCGUUAUAGUUGAAAUAUUCUCGUAAGUUAGACAUAAGCUGCUUUGGGGCUCCUGUGUUAUAGUUAUUAAAAAUUUAUAUAGGAUUAUAUUUAUUUUUCAAGUGGAUAUAUAUAUAUCAGACAAUAUAAAAGAUGCUGCCAGCAGAUAUGCAAGUACUUAUUAAGAUUUCAUGUUUUUCGGCUCACAAGAGGAGUCGAAAUAUGAGUGUGUGUUACUCUUCUGUCGCUCAUACUGUUCGUGUUCACUGUAGUAGAUGUCAUGUUUUUUCGAAAUAUCGAAUCGAGUCGAGUUUCUUCUUUCUGCGCCUAUAUAAAGACCCUUUAGUAUAUAUAGUAUUAGGAUAUUUCCUUCGGGAAAUUUCUUGCUUUCUCUUUGUCUCUCUCAUGGCUAUUAGUUCCUCAAAUCUUUACAAAUCUCCAUAGCAAUUCACAUUUAUGACGUGAAGUGUUUUUUAACUUUUCUAAGUGACGUUUGAAACUAUCGAAUUUAUUAAUAAAAUUCUCUAAAGUUAGAAGAAAAAGAAUAAUGUCAAACGUGAUAAUUUGGAUUUUGUGAAAUUACUGGUUGUAGUAGUAAUAUAGUUGGAAUAUCAAUCUGGAUACAUAAUCUCAAAAUAAUCUUGGACUGUUUUUAUCCGUGUAGCGUAGCGAUAUAAAAAAAAAAAAAAAAAACGAGAGAGACAAGAUUUAUAA